CCCACAUGGCAGAUGACACUUCAUCACCGGGCUACCAACUACCACAAGCGGUCAUGAUGCGAUCCUCGUCGUCAUUGACAAGUUCUAAAAAAUGGGACACUUCAUCCCGACACACGCGACAGCACGCACCGAGGAGACGGCACAACUCUUUGUUCGCUACAUCAUCUCACAACAUGGCAUUCCAACCACACUCAUCUCCGACCGAGACCCUAAGUUCACCAGCAACUUCUGGAAAGAACUCAUGUCUCUACUCAGGACCAAACUCGCCAUGUCAUCCGCCUACCAUCCGCAGACAGAUGGAUAGACCGAGCGCCUCAACCAGAUUGUUGAGCAACUCCUCCGAGCAACCUGCAAGGACGAGAUCUCCAAAUGGGACUUGCAUCUGCCCAUCCUGGAGUUUGCCUACAACAAUGCCACUCACGCCGCUACUGGACAGACGCCGUUCUUCUUCUAUUACGGACGCCACCCACUCACACCUCAACAGCCAGCCAUACCAGCCACAAACGAGAAACGUCUCCAGCGCAGUGGAGACACUCGCACGAUUCGAGAAGGAUGUGAAGCGGACCGACACCGGGUUCCUGGCCAUAGCAACAGAGGUGGAGAAUGACGGAGAGAAAGCCUCGGAAACUCCAGAAAAAAUCAAGGAAAUACUGAAGGAGUUCCAAGACAUUCUUCCUGACGAUCUUCCGAACGAGCUACCGCCAUACCGAACGCAUCAACACGAGAUCGUGGAGGAACCGGGUUCGAAGCCGACCUUCCGAGCACCAUACCGGCUCAGCCCUACGGAGCUGACCGACAUGAAGAAGCAGAUCGAGUAUCUCCUAGCCAAAGGACUCAUCCGACCAUCUACUUCGCCAUACGGUGCCCCAGUACUCUUCACACCGAAACCGGACGGAAGCCUGCGCAUGUGCAUCGACUACCGAGCUCUUAACAAGCAGACCAUCAAGAAUAAAUAUCCGAUACCGCAAAUCGAUGACCUGCUUGACCAGCUUCGGGGAGCUACGGUAUUUUCCAAACUGGAUCUGCGGUCCGGAUACUGGCAGAUACGGAUGGGGACAACUCUAUCCACAAAACUGCUUUUCGAACUCGGUACGGAUCGUACGAGUAUUUGGUCAUGCCCCGAAAUGAACCACAUUCUACGACCACUUCUAGACGAAUGCGUGGUGGUGUACCUGGACGACAUACUCAUCUACUCGCGCGACAUGAAGCAGCACGUCGAACACCUGCGACGCGUCUUCGAAAUUCUUCAACGAGAACGAUUCUACGUCAAACUGUCCAAGAGCGAAUUCGCCCUGGAGAAACUCCAAUUUCUAGGACACUUGGUGAGCGCUCAAGGAGUUCACGUCGACCCCAAGAAAUUCGAAGCCGUACGUACGUGGAAGACACUCGAGAACGUGAAGGAGUUGCAGCAGUUUCUAGGCUUCGCUAAUUACUACAACAGGUUCGUGCCACAGUAUGCGAAACUCGCGACACCACUCACGAAUCUGCUGAAGAAGAACAUGCCCUACAAAUGGGAGACGAAGCACCAGGAAGCCGUGGAGCAGCUGAAACAAGCACUAACGUCCGCACCGGUGCUCAUCUUGCCAGAUCCCGAACGUGACUACGUCAUUGAAGCAGACGCCAGUGAUCAGGCCGUGGGUGCAGUCUUGAUGCAAGACCAGGGGAAUGGACUGCAACCAAUUGCCUACCUCAGCAAGAAACUGCACGGGGCAGAACUCAACUACCCGAUACACGACAAAGAGGCUCUUGCUAUCAUCAUCGCCUUCAAAGCGUGGAGAUGCUAUCUCGAAAGACGAAGAACGACCGUCUACACCGACCACUGCAGCCUGAAAUAUUUGAAGAAACAACCCAACCUUUCCAGGCGGCAGGUCCGGUGGAUCGACUUCCUCGAGACACACUUCCACUACGACAUCGUGUACAAGCCCGGCCACAAGAACAAAGCAGACGCUCUCAGCCGGCCUGCACACGUUGCCGCGAUUCAGGUCGAAGGGAUGAAUCCACUACUCAAGGGACUCUUCACCCACGGGUACGCCAUCGACCCCGAAAUUUCCUUGGCAGAAAAGCGACAUCUGCUACAGUGGGACAGUGACAUCGCGUACCGGAAAGGAUCAACAAAAAUCUGGGUACCCAAUUACCCUCCUUUGCGCCAGUUACUACUCGAAGAAUACCACGACGUCCUGUACGCCGGACACUUCGGUAGCAACAAGACGCUCACCGGUAUUGCCAAACACUACUACUGGCCCCAUAUGGCAGACGACGUCCUGAAAUUCGUCACCUCGUGUGAUACAUGUCAGCGGAUGAAGAGCAGCAAGCAGAAAAAGGCGGGACUACUACAGCCUCUUCCUGUCCCAGAACAACCAUGGCAAGUGGUUAGCCUGGACUUCAUUACCGGGUUACCACCUACCUCCAGCGGUCAUGACGCCAUCCUUGUCGUCAUUCACAAGUUCUCCAAAAUGGGACACUUCAUCCCGACACACACGACGGCAUGCACCGAGGAGACAGCACAGCUCUUCGUUCGUCACAUCAUCUCACAGCAUGGCAUCCCAACUACACUCAUCUCCGACCGAGACCCCAAGUUCACUAGCAAGUUCUGGAAGGAACUUAUGUCUCUGCUCGGCACCAAACGCGCCAUGUCAUCCGCAUACCAUCCGCAGACAGACGGACAGACCGAGCGCCUCAACCAAAUUGUUGAGCAACUCCUCCGAGCAGCCUGCAAGGACGACAUCUCCAAAUGGGACUUGCACCUGCCCGUACUCGAGUUUGCUUACAACAAUGCCACACAUGCCGCUACUGGACAGACGCCGUUCUUCCUCUGCUACGGACGCCACCCAAUCACACCACAAAAACCGACAGCAUCACCUACAGUCCAACCCGCACAUGAUUUCAUUACAACCAUGCAUCAACUUUGGGAUCGGACCCAUAAGCGCCUCCUUGACAUUCAACAGCAACAGAAGCGCCAGGCCGAUCGCCAUCGCAACGACCACACCAUUUCCGUGGGAGACCAGGUGCUCCUCGACACCCGCAACCUGGACAUCAGCCAUCUCCCAUCUAAACUUCGACCUCGCUUCUGCGGGCCUUUCCUCGUUGAAGCACAGGUCACUCCUGUUACCUUCCGCUUACGCCUGCCAGCUACCUGGAAGAUUCACAACGCCUUCCACGUCCAACUUCUGAAGCCCUAUCGGGACCCGAACACAUUUUCGUCGGACGCCAACCGCCGCCGCCACCGCCCGUCCUCGUCCAGAAUGAACCCGAGUACGAGGUCGAGUCCGUGCUCGCACACCGCCGUCGUCGGAAUGGCACCGUGGAGCUUCUUAUCCGUUGGAAGGGUUAUGAUCCUUCUGAGGACAGCUGGGUACCUGAGUCCGACAUGGGUAACGCCCGUCGUCCUCUGCAUGACUACCUUGUCAAGCAGGGUGUUACUUCUACCACCCAGCUUUGAGGGGGGGAAGUGUGAGACUGUGAACAUGCUGAGGGCAUUUGGGUGCAUGGUGGUGUUUCAUGUGCCUAAGGAGAAAAGAGGGAAGUUGGAGGCUUCUGGAAGAUGGGGAACAACACUGAGGGUGCUGUUGGCGAUAGCUGCACUCCUGGGAUGGAAGAUACGGCAGAUGGACAUUGUGACUGCUUUUCUGAAUGGGAUCAUUAUGGAGGAGGUGUACAUGAAGCAGCCAGAGGGGCUGGAUGACGGGAGCGGCAGGAUGUGGUAUGGUCGAUGAUGGUUGGCAGCCAGAGGGGGAGAUUGUUGUGUGAUGUCAUCAUAUGUUAUCACAUUCUGUCUGCCUCCCAUCCCUUGUUUCAAUUCGCACGUAUGGUUUGACUGUGUGUGAAAGAAUUUGUGUGGUGUGUUCUGGAGUUUGGGAAUGUGUUUUGUGUUAUUCUGUCUGAGCAGGUAUUUGUGAUAAUAGAUCUUGAGAAGAUCU